AUGGCCCAAAUUGUGCAGUUCGAUAUGGCUGCCACCUCUUUCAAUGACCACUAUGACGGCUGCGUAGAUCAGAUGGAGGAGAAGCUGCGGGCACUGCAAGAUGGCGAGGCCUGGGAAGAAGCGGCUGCCAGGUGGAAUGAGACCAAGGCCUCGGUCUCAGUGCCUGAAGGCUUCAAGGACGAGUACGCCAUAGCAACCUUGGCCUACACCCAAAUGACCACCUUUGUGAGAAAAUUUUUCAAUAUAGAUGUAAAGAAAGCAGGGGCGAGCGAAGAGUAUUACCUCAGGAACUUCCAGGACAAGCCCUUGCACUAUUUCUUGACAAGAGCCCUUCAGGUCUUGCAGGCCAACUCCAGCGUCAAGUGCCGUCAAACGUACUACCACCUCAAAGGCUUCCUUUUCAUUGCGAAAAUGAACACGAUGGCCCGUUUUGGAUACUUCGCUUCCUCGUCGCUGAACAGGACCGGGGCCACGGUUUCCUGGGGCGAGACCUUCUUCACCAUUGAGACCUGCUACGGGGCCUACAUCAAGGAGUUCUCUUUCUACCCAGAACAGGAGGAAGUUUUGAUCCCCCCCUUCGAGUUGUUCCGUGUUGUGAAUUCCUAUGAGUCGGGAGGCGCAAAAUACAUCGAGCUCGUCUCUGCUGGAAUAUUCAGCCAGUACAACUGCGUAUACGUCAAUGAUUUUCAACGUGUGAAAAAUCCAGUGACUGACAUGAAUGUCUGUUGCCCCAUUCUGUUGCCCAACCAGCUACAGCAGCCUUACAAAGGAAAGCAAAUUUAG